GCUUUCGGAACCAAGGCGCAGUCAGCGCCACGUCCGCAACUAACAUGCGGGAUUACGAUGAAAUUACAGCCUUCCUGGGAGAAUGGGGACCGGCUCAGAAACUCAUCUUCCUGCUCUUGACUGUCAGCGUUAUUCCCAACGGUUUCGCCGGUCUAAACAUCAUCUUUGUCGGGGAUACCCCAGAGCAUCGCUGCUCGAUUCCCGGGAAUCUCAACCUCAGCCAAGCCUGGAUGAACAGAACCAUCCCACUGGUGCCAGGAACCCAAGUCCAGUACAGCCAAUGCAGUCGCUACCGCUUGGAUGUGAUCAGGAACCUCUCGGAGGUGUUUCCAGACCCAGAUCUCCACAACGUGUCCGGGAUCGACGAGGAGCCGUGUUUGGAUGGAUGGGAUUACAGUCAGGACCAGUACACCUCCACCAUCGUCUCCGAGUGGGACUUGGUGUGCGACGAUAAAUGGAAAGAACCAUUUACCACAUCACUGUACUUCUUCGGAGUGCUGAUAGGUUCUGGUGGUUCUGGUGUAAUAUCAGACAGGUUUGGGAGGAAGAUUGUUUUGUUUGGAACUAUGGGGGUACAGAUUUUAUUCAAUCUGCUUAUCACAUUGUCACCCAGCUGGGAAAUCUUCUGCCUGAUCAAUUUCCUCAGAGGCAUCGGUGAGAUUUCAAACUAUGUGACUGCGUUUGUGCUUGGAUCUGAACUUCUGCAGAAAUCCAUUCGAGUUACAUACUCUACACUUGGAAUUGGCUGUUUUUAUGCUGUGGGUUACAUGAUGCUGCCUUUUAUUGCCUAUUUCGUGAGAGGAUGGAGAAUGUUGAUAUUGAUCCUGAGCCUGAUCAGUUUGCUGUACAUUCCUUUGUGGUGGUUUAUUCCUGAAUCUCCACGCUGGCUACUGUCCAAAGGAAGGGUAAAGGAAGCUGAAUCAAUAAUUCGAUUCAUGGCAAAGAAAAAUGGCAUCACUCCACCAGCAGUACUUUUCACUGAUGAUGAGCUUGAAAAUAUACAGAAUAAACAAGUAAAAUCUGUUCCAGUUACUCAAUUGAUAAAAUCUCGCAAUAUCCUAGUCAUCACAGUCAUUAGCGUACUCAUAUGGAUGAUUGUAGCAAUUGGAUACUAUGGUCUGUCGCUGAACGUCCCCAAUCUUCAUGGCAACGACUAUCUGAAUUGUUUCCUCUUUGGUGCCAUUGAGAUUCCAAGUUAUACCGCAUCCUGGCUUCUCCUCCGGAAAUGUCCACGCAGGUUCAGCCAUGCAGGCAUUCUUGUUCUGAGUGGAGGUGUUCUGCUCUUCAUGAACCUCAUACCAUCAAAUCUUUCAAUACUUUCUACAGUGCUGGUGUUAAUUGGAAAAAUGGGAAACACAUGGGCUUAUUCUAUGCUUUAUGUCUACAUCUCCGAACUGUAUCCAACCCCAUUGAGAAACACAGGUGUUGGAGUGUCUUCAAUGGGUUCCAGAACUGGCAGCAUUAUUUCUCCUUACAUUGUUUUACUUGGUAGUUAUCAAGAGAUCCUGCCGUUUAUUGUGAUGGGGGUCUUGAUGGUGUUCGCAGGAAUUGUGGUCUUGUUUCUGCCAGAAACGUUCAAUAUUCCUCUUCCAGAUACAAUUGACCAAAUGCAAAAAGUUAAAUGGUGCAAAUGUUCUCACUCUGAUUCAACUCAAACCAGAGAAAACAAUGUGGCGAUUUUAAAAGAGGAAAUGCUUUGAGCACAGAUCUUCACCAGCAGCCAAGCGACUGAGGAAUUCAUUGCCGUUAGGUUCAGGCUCCAGCUCUUCAGGAGUGGCAACUCCAAAAUUGGCAACUUCUUCUGUUGAUACAGAAAGAAACUGAUACCUGGAGAUCACAGUGAAAUGAUCAGAUCUCCUGCAUGGAAUAGGAUUUGAAGUUUCUACCAAAGUUUCUCAAAACCAAAUUACUGGACCUUUUCUCUAACAUAUUGUUUUAAAAAAAGACAUGCACCUUUUUAUGUCUUUCUUUCAUCCAAUUGCAUUAUAUUCCUUGGAUAUUUUCCUCUUCGUAGAGCAAUUUAUUAAAUGCUAUUAACCAA